GGUAAUCUUUGGUAGGCUAUGAACGCUGGCUCACUAAACAAGAAGAAGCAACGCGCAUUUAGAAAGAGAAAGCAUACUUGUAAUGAUUUUAAGUAGUUACAUACCGUUAAGAAGAAUUUAAGAGUGUCCAAACGUGGAUAUAUAGCUCAUGAAAUACUUAACCAUCUCUUUUGAUUACUCAGAUUGAGUCCACAUAAUGAUAGCACUCGAUAACUUUUUAAUAAACAAUAAUACUAUUGGAGAAAAAAGGGUCAAGAGUACUCUGAUGUCACCAGAAAGCACAGAAGUGCCAACUGUCACUUAUUCUAAAUUUGGCACUGAUGGACGGAGUGCUGCAAUGGAGAGGAGUAUAAACUUCUUGAAAACGCAACAAGAAGCCAUGUUAAAGGGGUUACAUCAAGAAAUAGAGUCUUUGAAAAAGGUUAACAAAGAUUUGCAGUAUCGCUUAGUUAUGUGUACCUGUUCUGCUAGUGAUAAGAAUUUAACAAAUGUAUCUAUGGAGAAGGAUGAACACUUUUUAAGGAAAGAAAUAUCGAUUCUGCAGGAGAGUCUUGAAAAUGAAAAGAGAAAGAAUGCAGCACUGAUCAAACAGCUUGAGGUGCUACAAAUAUCCCCGAGUUCUAUUAAGGGACUCCCAAGGUACAAGUGUAAAGAUGGAAUACUGUCAACCUAUCCAGAGCUGAAGACUAGUGAUGUUAAUCAACGUUCGGAUCAAAAUCAAGACAAGUAUGGUGACGAAAUCGCUCUAAAAGACAAAGAUGCAUUUAAGAAGUAUUCUGAUGUCACAAUGCAUCCACAUAUUGGAAUUAACAACAGUAGUCAAAUAACGACUUCGAUACCAGAUACAUCAUUGAAUAAAUUUUCAUCAAAUUCUUCUUUCCCAAUUCCAGUUAAAUCAUCAUUAAAUUUAUCUGAGAGUAAUUUACUAAAAAGGAAUGUUAUUCAUUCCUUCGACAAUGAAUGUCAUGAUAAAGAUGAAAAAUCGAAUAAAACAAAUGGAUUGACAGGAACACGUCUACUACCGAUAAGAUUACCAUCAUUGAAUUUUCGAAAACCACUAAUUCAGGCUUCACUAACUGAUCAACUGAAAACAAAUUUACCAGCUAAUACUACUAAAUGUUCACCGGUAAAUGCUUCAUUUGAAGGUGAAAAUAUAAUAAACAAUAAGUUGAAUCGAAUACAAAGAACACGAUCAGCAAGAAGUGUAUCAGGAUAUAAUGAUAUCACUGUAUUUGAUCCAUCAUUUGAUUUGCCAACUUCAUCAAAUAAUCCUACUAAUUCACAAUUACAACAACAUCAUAAUUUAAAUUUACGCAAAGUAACACAAGCUUAUUCAAUUGGUUUACGAUCAUUUCUACCAUCAUUAACUAAAUCUACAGAUAUAAUGAUGAUGAAUCAAAAUGAUCGUCAAAAAAAAUUAAAAAAUUUACAACGAAAACGUGCACAAAACAAUCUCUAUCCAUUUUAAAAUAUACAACAGUAUACUAUUUAAUUCGGAAAUUCGAAAAGAUGAAGAUAAAAGUAUGGAUUAUGCUAAUGUUAACACUAUUGAAUAAACAGUACAGAAAAUAUUCUACUCAUUGUAUAUUUUUGAAUAAUUGUGUUCUGUCUUGGAUAACAUUGAAACGGGAUACAAAGAAUCUAAGGUUACUGUCGAUAGUUCUCGGUAGACUUUAUACUGUACAAGAAUUAUGAUAGCAUGAAUUAUUUUCGAACUGAUGAAUAGCUUUUUUAUUCACUCUAACACAGAUUUUCCUUCCUUUUUUCUUAUCACAAAACAAACUUCCUUCAGGUGAUCAUCAAAUGUUUCGACCCUAUAGUUGAACUUUUUCCACCCUAGUUACGAAGUAACAGACACAUAGCCAGUAGCAUACAACGUUAUAACCCAUGUGAGUCGAUUUACUGAAUAACUGAUUCGAAAUUCCCGUAGAAGAUAUACACCGUAAAUUAGUUAUCCGGGUUUUAUGACAUCAUCUGAAUAAAGUCUGAUAUUUUCUAGCGGAAAUUUGAUAUAAAACGUUGAGUCAGAUAGUUCAGUAGUGAAUGUUUUAAUUUUAAAUUGGAAAAUGCUCACAUAUGCAAAGCUUUUCUGGCAACGAACCAACCAAGAACCUAUCGCUCAACAAGUAUGCAGAAGGAAGUGGAGAUGGAUUGGGCAUACACUGAGAAGACCAUUCAGGGACAUCACGCGCUAGGCACUCGAGUGGAACGCAGAUGGGAAACGGCGAGUUGAAGGUGGCAUGGAAGAGAUCGUGUGAGGAAGAAAUGAGAGCUUGUGGGCAGUCGUGGAGCCAGGUUCAAAAGAUUGCAGAGAACAGAAUGGAAUGGAGACGUACUACUGAAGCCCUAUGUUCCACUAGGAACCCAAGGGACAAAUACUAAAUAAUAAUAAUGCAAAGCUUGUUGUGAAGAUACUUUUUAGUCUG